GAAAUUCCAAAUUUGUCCCUAACAUUUAAAGAUAACUACCACUCAAGAGCUCACACGUCUGUGAAGCACUUCUCAUUCCAUUCUUGCCAGCGCUGUUUAAUCGUCUUCCGCUUCUAGUAACUUCCUGAACUAAAAGCUAAAGCUUUAUACUCCCCGGAAACAAUGGAAGACGCCGCCGGAACAUUCUCCGGUUCCGGAAACUUGUCCCGCAAAGUGGUUGCAGUGGCCGCCGGUGAAGCUCAUACUCUUGCUCUCUCUGGGGAUGGGUACGUGUAUUCAUGGGGCAGAGGAAUGUUUGGGAGACUUGGGAACGGUUCAGAAUCCGACGAGCUUUUCCCGGUUCGGGUCAAGUUCCAGAACUCAGAGCUUAAGUUUAUAGAUGUCGCUGCUGGUUCUUAUCACAGUCUUGCUCUUGCAGAUGAUGGAUCAGUUUGGUCUUGGGGUUAUAACAUCUAUGGCCAACUUGGUCGAAAUGAUGAGAAUUCUUUGGCACCUCAGUUGUUGGAGCCGUUCCUUGAAUUGGGCUCCCCUGAUCAAUCAAAAGAUGAGUUAGACAUAGAGACACAAAGUAAAGCACCAUUGAAGAUUUGUGUAGUCAAAGCUGGAGGAAUGACUUCUCUGGCAAUUGAUAAUCUUGGCGCCCUUUGGAUGUGGGGCAAUUGUCCACAUGAGAACAGCAGUGGUGAUGGAGGCUUGACAUUUGUGAGUAGUUUUACUCCAAUUCCUGUUUGGCAUUUUCAUGGCCAUACUGUUGUUAAGGUCGCAUGUGGAAAUGAGCAUGUUGUAGCUCUAGUCAGUGCUGGAGAAACUUAUAAAGGUGAUGAUCUGGUAUGCUACUCUUGGGGUGUUAAUAACCAUGGCCAGUUAGGCCUUGGAGACAGAGAGAGCAGGGUCCAUCCUCAAAUCGUUGAAACAUUUAACCAGGACUCACAAUGGACAGUUUAUGAGGUUGCAUGUGGUGCCUUCCACACAGCUUUGCUUACUCACAAAAAUAGACCAAGUGACACACUUGAGAGUAUUUGUUGGACGUUUGGCCUUGGAGACAAGGGGCAACUUGGGCAUGGAACCACACAAAAUGCAUUGGUUCCUGAACCUGUGAAAGAGUUACCACAUCCCUUGUAUCUUGUUUCUCUUGACUGUGGCUUGUUUCACACUAGUGUUGUUUCUUCAGCUGGUGAUGUGUGGUCAUGGGGAAUGGAAAAGGGUCUAGGGUUAUGCCCGGAUGCUAGUUUUACAGGAACAGAUGCAGGAGAUGCCAUUUCUCCCCUACGGAUAACAGGUGAUGGAGUUCAUGGGCCUAAAUUUCAUGAUCCGGUUCAAGUUUCUUGUGGGGCUGCGCAUACUGUUCUUGUUGCACAUGAUGGAUAUAAGCUAUGGUCAUGGGGCAGGGGAAGGAGUGGAGUUCUUGGAAAUGGUAAAACAAUUGACUGUUUCACUCCCUCAGUUGUGUUAUGGCCUCCACUGAACGAGGAUUUCAAGCAAGACGAGCUGAACGGUACUGUUGGUGAGGAAAAUAAGAUUGUAGAUCAUAAGGGUUCUGAUGGAGUCGCAGAAAUGGAUAAAAAAUUAUCUUUGGCCAUGGAAGAAAUGAAGCUCCUCCAAUCAAAACUUUCCAUCAUGGAACGGUAUGCAAGCAUACUUCACGGUUCAAUUUUUGGUAAACCUUUUGAUGAGCAAGAUAUCCCAAUCUCAUUGCAGAACUCAGGUACUUUUGACAUUGCAAGGGAAUGGGAAAACAUGUUGGAGUCAGCAGACCGUAGCAAGCUUGUUAGACUGGAAUUGUUCUAUCGAAACAUGCUUGCCGGUGUUAAGGAUAAGAUCAUGAAGAAAAGGAUCCAGGAGAUAAUAAAGGAGUGUCUUCCUUCUUCAAUGCAAGGAACAUAGUGCUGGAAAUUGUAAUCAAGCUGCACGAAACAUAGCACAUUGAGCAUUUUGGUUCACAUGGAAAAUCUUACAGUCAACAAGUUGGUUAUAUUAAUAAGCUUCCUAUAUCCUAUUACAUGAACAAUACAGAUACAAUAAUGUAUGUAUGAACUUCUUUCAUUAAAUCUGUGUAUUAUUGUAAAUGACAUGAAAGUUGUUGAACUGCCUCUGUUUUUUUUUUUUUUU